AUGUGUGAGAGUGUAGGAGGAGCUUGUGGGUAUGGGAAUCUAUAUUCAACAGGGUAUGGAACUGAUACAGCAGCAUUAAGUACUGCUUUAUUUAACGAUGGAGCUUCAUGUGGGGAGUGCUACGAAAUCAUGUGCGAUUAUCAAGCAGACCCCAGAUGGUGCUUGAAAGGAGCAUCUGUGACCAUAACUGCCACAAACUUCUGCCCUCCCAAUUUUGCUCUGCCCAACAACAAUGGUGGGUGGUGCAACCCUCCUCUCAGACACUUUGAUAUGGCUGAACCCGCAUGGGAAAAGAUUGGUAUCUACAGAGGAGGAAUCGUGCCCGUAUUGUUCCAAAGGUUUGAGCUUUAUUCAAUAUCUUUGGUUCCAUGCAUGAAGAAGGGUGGGGUCAGGUUCAGUGUGAAUGGGAGAGACUACUUUGAGCUUGUGCUGAUCAGCAAUGUGGGAGGGGCUGGAUCUAUCCAAGCUGUGUCCAUCAAAGGCUCAAAAACUGGAUGGAUGACCAUGUCAAGAAAUUGGGGAGCUAAUUGGCAAUCCAAUGCCUAUUUGAAUGGUCAAUCUUUAACCUUCAGAGUCACAACAACCGAUGGAGUUACCAAACUUUUUCAAGAUGUGGUUCCACCAAAUUGGGCUUUUGGCCAGAGUUUCCCUUCCAGUGUUCAGUUUUAA